GGUGCUGCUACGGCUCGCCUCUUUGCCCAGGAUGGUAUGCGCGUCGCCGUCAACUACCACUCCAACGCCGAUCGUGCCUCUGCCUUCGUCCAAGAGCUGCACUCGAUAUCGCCGCUGCCCCACGACGACAACAACUUCCUCGCUUUCCGCGGAGACCUGGCCGUCCGGGACGACCUGCGCACGCUGGUGCGGGAUGUCGUGGGCUCCAUGGGCCAACUCGACGUCGUCUUCUCCAACGGCGGGUGGACGCAGCUCCGGGACAUUACGAACCUGGAUGAUAAUGUGGUCGAGGAGGACUGGGAUCGGUGCUUCAACAUGAAUGUCAAGUCGCACUUGUUCCUCAUGCAUGCUGCCAAGGAGCAUCUCGACAAGACGGAGGGUGCCUUCAUUACUACUGCUUCCUUUGCCGGCGUCAAGGUCAGCGGAAGUUCGCUCGCGUACGCUGUCACCAAGGCAGCGCAGAUUCACCUCGUUAAAGGCCUUGCACUGGCCGCAAGCCCCAAAAUCAGAGUCAACAGCGUCUCUCCUGGACUAAUGCUAACGGACUGGGGACUGAGCUUCCCACCAGAGAAGCAGGAAGAAAUGCGAAACAAGACGAAACUCGGGCGUCUCGUCACGGUCGAUGACGUGGCCCAACAGGUUCUUUGCUUUGCGAAAUCAAGAGGUGUGACGGGUGUCAAUGCUGUGCUGGAUGCUGGCAUGUCACUCUAAUCAUGACGCACCACCCAACAGGGACCCAACGUUGCUAAACGAAACAGACUAAGAUCUUGAUUAUAGA